AUCCAUUGAAAAAAAAUUUAAAAACGAAACUCUUUGACAAUUGAUAUAGCAUGAAGGGUAUUCCCCAGUCUCCUGAUUCAUCGAAAUGAAGUAAUGAGAAAGCGGAAAUGAAUCGCAAGUCUUAGCCAAUGAGAUUAGCGCACCGACGUCCACCAUGUUAGAACAUAAAAACAUGAGAAGAACCAAAAGUACCAGAACUCAAAAUAUUAAUCUUUUUUUGUUUCCGAAGCGAAAUUUUGUUAUAGACAUUUUAUAAAUGUAAUUAAUAUUCGAUAUUUUUACAAACACAUAUAUUUUCACUUAAAACACAAAGAAUAUGUUCAUAUUUUAAAAAGUACGUAAUGUUUUCCCAUAACGCUUUGCGAGAAGCGAAGCACACUGGCAAAGCUACAUUUCCUAAGAAACAAGGUUGCCUUGCUGUUCGCUCAAAAUGUCUGCAAAGAAGAAGGAUUCAGAGCCGAAAAAGAAGCGAAAAAGAGUUGUUGUAGAAUCUGAAAGUGACGACGAUGACAGCGAAGAAAAUUUAGAAGAGGAAUUGCUUUCACUUGCAAAAAGAGCUCGUACACAGCAAGAAUCAUCUCCACCAACAAAGCAAAACACAGAAUCUGACAGUGAAUCAUCAGAAGGCAGUGAUGAUGAGUGGACAAUUGACGAAAAACCAACAAAAGUAAAAACAAAGAAAAAUGGUGGAAAGAAGCCAAAGAAACCAGCUUCGGAAUCUGGUGAAGCAAGUGAUUCUAGUUCUGAGUCUGAUGAUGAUUCAGAUUCUGGCUCUCUAGCAUCUGAGGCAAAUAAUAAGUUUGAUGAUGGUUUGGACGAGAACUGUAUUGGUGAUGAAGCUGAUCGAGAGAGGCUUGACAAAAUGAGUGAGAAAGAACGAGAGCAGGAGAUAUUUAAUCGUUUGGAGCGUCGAGAAGCAAUAAAGAAACGACAAGAAAUUGAGCAAAAACUCAAACUUGCUAAAAAGAAAGAGAAGAGUAAACGUGAGAAAGAGAAAACAACAAUUGAUGGUGUAGUAGGUGGAAUUGCUUUUAACCGUAGUGGACGAAAGAAAGCAAUGGAAGAGAAGAAAGUAAAAGCUUUUAAUGAACUCAAACAAAAACGGCAUGAGAAAAAGGAGAAGGCUUUGCUUGAGAAGAAAGAGCCAUGGCGAACACAUGAGGUUUAUAGUUCUGAUGAUGAUGCAGAAGAUGAACAAGAUGAAAAUGCGGAGCAACCUGCUGCAUCAGAGGAAGAAAGUGAAGGAGAAAUGUUGGAGGAUAGUGACGAGAAAAUGUGCAGUUUGGAAGAUGUUGAAAAGAUUCGUUUAUCACGCCACAAAAUGGAAAAAUGGGUACAUAUGCCAUUUUUUGAGACAUUAGUGAAAGGUUGCUUUGUACGAAUUGGCAUUGGUCAAAAUGAUGGUCGAUCAGUUUAUAGAGUUGCUCAAAUCUUAGGUGUUGUGGAGACAGCAAAAGUCUACCACCUGGGUAAUACAAGAACAAACAAAGGCUUGAAACUAAAGCAUGGUAAACAGGAGAGAGUGUUUCGUCUCGAGUUUGUUUCCAAUCAGAGUUUUACGGACACAGAAUUCACUCGAUGGGUCUCAGAGAUGCAAACCAAUGAUAUUCCUCUCCCAACCUUGGAAGAAAUUGAAGAAAAACAACUGGAGUUACAAAACAGCAAGAAUUAUAGUUAUCAGGAUAAUGAUGUUGACAAAAUCGUUGCCGAGAAAACUAAGUUCAGAAAAUCACCGUUUAAUUACGCCAUGAGGAAAAACCAAUUGCUUCGAUCCAAGGAAAUCGCAGAACAACAAGGAAACUUGGAUGAAUCUCAAACACUACAAAAUGAAUUGGAGGAACUCGAAGAAAGAGCGCAGGAGUUAGAUAAAAUGAGAAGCAGAGGUCUUAGUGCAAUCAGCUAUAUCAAUGAAAGGAACAGAAAAAAGAACAUUGUAGAAGCCGAGAAAGCGAUAGUGGAAGAGGCGAAGACGGAAGAGAAAAAAGACGAUCCUUUCACAAGGAGGAAGACGCUACCACAACUUGUUGCAAAGAUUAAUAAAGGCCUUUCGGGAUUUACACCUGAACAAAUUCGUCGUCUACAAGAGGAAGCGGCAACUGAUAAUGUUCAAUUGCAAAUUCCUGGACUCAGUCAAACACCCAUGGCUGGAGAUCAGAUUGAAGAUUCUGACUCGAAAAAGGAUCCAAACAGCAGACGACCAUCCUUAACGACUGAUAACGAGGAUUUAUUCAAUGCACAUAACUUUGAAGUAAAAAUUGAGCUUGAUUUUCCAUUGCCAGAUAAUCGACCUGCAUCAGCUACACCAAAGGCAACAAACCACAGCAAACCUAACGUCCCUCGGAGAUCUCUAAAUUUAGAGGAUUAUAAAAAACGUCGUGGUUUGAUUUAGGCUUUUCUUCUCUUAACGUGAAAAACUCAAACUUGAUGAAAAAUAAACCGUAACCGGUCAUUGGUCUCAGUUAUUUAUACAUCAAAAUAUACAUGAAUUCAUUUGGUGUUAAAGAACAUUGCUAGCAGUAGAAGGUAAAGAAGUUCACAAUGAAUUAUAAUCGCAUUAGGAUAAAGCUUACAUCAAUGAAGCGAUUUUUAUAUUAUUGUUUAACUUGUGUAGAUUUGAUGGAAGUACUUGUUGCACAUGUAAAUAAUUCUACCAUAUUCUUGCAAUCAUUAAAUAUCUACUUGAUA